AAGCUUGAUAUGGAACAGACUAUAGUACCUACGUUGGGGCUAAAAUUGAGUAACUUUAAUGUGCUUCUACUCUGUAGUUGGGUCAUGUCCAACACUGCAACCACCAGGCAUUUAACACUGUUCACAUCUAUAUGAUACAAAAAGUAAAGGAGGAUUCGAGUUUCGUGUGGAGCCUGUCACUACUAUUAUUCCACCACCGUCUCGCCCCACUGUGCCGUUCUGCUGUGACAGCCGGACUACUGUGCUGCGUUUCAGCUGUCCGCUGACGGGCCCGUGCGGCUGCCGCGCCACCAGCGACCCCUCUGCUGAGCGGCUGGCGUGGCGACAGAGCGACCCCGACCUCUGCCGAGAGAGGACCUACCCGGGACUACCGUGCCGCGUGCCGUGCUGCGAGCCGUUCUACACGCAGCAGGCGGCGGCAGAGAACCACCGCUAUCCGUGGCGAGGAGCGGCACAGAAUCACGGUCCUACUCAGCAGCGCAUAACGCCGAACUGUGACUCCUUGCCAUUAGAGCUGAGCCAACACUACAGUCCUUCUCAGGGCGGAGUGGAGCAGAGCUCCAGGCCUCAACAGGGAGUGGCGAGAUAUUAUAGUCACCCGCAUCAGGACAUCUCACCGAGUCAUGCCUCUCCACGACCCAGCACACCAUAUAAACCUAACCUCUCCCAGCAGGAAAGCUUCCACCCUUCACACCAAGAAGGCAUCUCCAACCACGGCUCCACGCAAAAGGGUGCUGCACAAAACCAAAAUCCCUUUAUGCAAGCAUUCGGCACCACCCAGCGAUUUUGUGGGUUAGCUCAGCAGCCAAAGGCGGAGACUGACGAUCACCAAACCACUGCACAGACAGCUGCUCCAAUGCGCGUUUGUUUCAAGCAACCACCAGAAAGUGAUGUUCAACAAAACCGUCCAGUAGCGUCGGUACAACAGACAGCACAGACUAACGAAAACCUGCAGCGGGACGCCCCAACUGCUGGAAUCCUGCAGCAGAACGCCCCAACAGCCGGAGUCCUGCAGCAAGACUCCCCAACUACCGGGAUCCUGCAGCCGAAAGACCGGCCACGGCCGCCACCACAUCCGGACAAGAAGGUUCAGCGGCGUGCAUCAAAAGUUACAUUUGAUCCUAUAGUGGUUCUCAAAAUGGACAAAAACAGAGUGGAAGCAUUACCAGAGGUAGCUGAACAUGAUGCAAAUGAGAUUUGCAAUGCCAGAUCACAAACUAGUGAACGUCAACUCAUUUCUAAAUCAGCUGAAAACACAAAGCCCACAACAACGAAACAAAAAGUGUUCACGGUGACAUCAGUCAUAAAUAAAACUCGAACAGAUCAGGGCCAUCAGAGCGAGGAGACAUCAGGAAACGAUCCAAGCUUAUUCCCAGAAUGCAGAAAACGUACAGAGAUGACCAUCCAGCGCGAACAAGGCAUGGGAAAGAGUCUCCAGGACAUAGCGGAGCACGAACUUCAAGUCAAGAUUUCAACUCAGCAGCCGACAGCAGACGAUGGUGAGAAUCAGUCUCCUUCAUUCGAUCAUAACGACCAGGAGUGCUGCCAAGAUGUGGACGCAGCAGCCAAGCUGUCAGUGGUGGGUCACCAAUGCCGUAUGAGCCCGCGUAGCCCUGCUAAGAAGAUUAAUGCAGUAAAGUCAGGAAAAAUUAAUGCCUUUGAAGACAACAAAUCGUCGAAUGCUGUUCCUCCAAACAACAUAUGUCAACAAUCAGAAGAAACAGGGAAAUCUGAAAGUGCAAAAUCUGCAAUGUCAAGCGGUCAAAAUCAAACGUCAAAAUGCAUAUAUGAAGAGAAAAAGGAUAAAUACUUUCAAACUUCGCCUUUAAAAGAUAGAGCAUCCAGCCUUUCUGUCAGCAGCGCCACGGGUUUUCAUCCACAAGACACGAUGGGAUGCUGUAACGAACCGUUUAUGCCAGCGCCUUCGAAGGAAAAUGUGUUUCCUAAUGACCAGGCAUCCGAUGCCGCGCAGAGUAUUCACAGCGAUAAAAUGGGCCAGACUCCCACUGUGGGAUGUGAUGCAUCGCGACAAAAUAUUGUAGACGCAAACGAAAGACUUGCACCGAAGGAAGAGACCUUGACGAAUACUGCUAAAGAUGAUCAGAAAGCAUUCUUCAUUGAUAUUACCACUGGUGAAAGUUGCACAAUUGAAUCUCUGUCAUCUGAUUCGUCCCGUUUCCGAGGCAACCGAACGCUAUUCCUUCGACAGCUACUCAGUCAACAGAAAAUGGAGGAAGCUGAACACAAACCAAAGACAAAGUCUCCACGACCAGCCCGCAGACGAUCGGCUAGUCAGGGCAGAGUAGAAAAUGUCGAGAGGGGGAUGGACGCCCGUCUUCAUAAGGCCAGUAAAACGAUACAGCAUUUGCCAUUACUACAAAGUGGAGAGCGUACCGAAGUGCCAUUCGUUGUACCAGCUCAGCCAUCGGCACAUUUUGACCUCAGAUGCUACCGAAACCAUGACUGCGCAGGCGAACUGCAUGGGUCACCGCAGAUGAGAGGGAGACGUAAUGCCACUGAAAGGCAAAACUAUAUAGCGCACUGGAAAGGAAGUAACAUUUGCAGAGCUCAGAGCUGUAGCAUGGCCCCUCAACCCUUGCUGCAACUUGAGACCAAGCUCGACGCAGGUCACCACGCUUCGCCAGUCGACGGUUGGACACGUCGAUGUCUCUCAGGUCAAAACCAAUGCGUUAGGUCGGAUGCCGAUGACCAUGCAGGCGCGUCUUGUGCUCCACAAGCCCAUACCAGCCAUAGCCACGUGAUGAACGAGGACUGUGUUCAUUCAGUAUCGACGAUCACAAAGUAUGAAACACCGUGGUGUUCUUGGUCCAGCUCAUGCGAUCCUAAAGAAAGAAUUGCUCAGCACCACGGCUCUGAGCCAUCAGAUCGUAGUCUUGAGAAGUCCUCUAGACACGUUUCGGCCAGUGAUGCCGAGGUCCAAGAGAUGUUAACGUUCGGACAAGCUGAUGGGGAAUCACAGCCAGGAACAGAUUCGUUGCAUACAGUCACAAUACAGACUCCCCUCACUAUUGAUGAAUCUCGUGCAGAAAUAAGGGGUCCACAUCGUUAUAAUGGCCCUCUAUCGAAGAAUCCCUAUGCCGAUCACUCAAAAGAGUUCGUGUCCUUGCCUGACGCUCAGCAGCUCCUAAGCACAGAGGAACGAGCGGAAGAUGAAACAAGCCGGCAAAGGAUGACUCUCGGACCCACGACUCUCCUGACAAUGGAUGAAACCACUUCACAGAUGGAUCAGACUGGCUCUUGGCUUCAGGACACCGCGAUCUCCAAUACAUCGCCACUUGAAGAAUCUAGAGCCUCCAACCUUUUCAGCCAAACGCAGCCACGCGACCAAAAACGUUCUGGAGCCAGUAAAGGAAAACCGAGGGUCUCCCUGCUGGGCCGGGGGCAGGGGGUCACAUCUAGAGGUCUUCCCUCCGCAGACGCGAAGAACUGGACGAGUGUGACGCUGGUGUCACCGCAGAACAUGGAGAUGACGUUCUCUCUGAGCACACAUCUGCCCGACAUCAGCGACCGACGCGGCCAGAGCCGACCACGUCAGCGGGCCAGCCGCGAGGACAGCGGCCUGGGAGAUCCCGCCACCCCAUCGCAGCACCGAUGAGUCACACGAUGUCGCGUCUGAAAGUUUCGCGCGGGAAAGAUCUGGUUACAGGAGCACCAUCGAACGUCGCCAGCCCCACCGCCGAGCGUGAACCAGACGGCAGACCUGUGUCGUUCUCGUGGUGUUCUUUCCUACAGCUAUCAGCUGCCUGCAGUGCAGUGUCCCGUGAUGUGAGUGAAGAUUGCUAGCUUUGCGCUACUGUCGUUCACAGCUAAUGCCGUCCACGACUAGUACUAUAGGGUUACCAUUAUCGACAAAUGAGAGCAGGAAAACAAUGAAUUGGGGAAAUAUAAAAUGAGAGCGUUAACAAAUUGAAAGACGAAUGGAAGACUAGACGAUGUAACAUGUUUUAUUGUGGUGUGAAAGUGUAUACAAAUAUGUCGUGAAUCUUCGGCAAAGGGGCAGCAUUGGACCAGAUUGGCGCUGUGGACUUGUUCGUCAAAAUUGUCAGUAACACUCACUAGGUCGAUGUUAUCCAUUCGAUCGGUAUGUCAGGUUUAGCACUCACAAAGAACUGAUUUCCAACCGCAAACAUAAUAAACGACAAUGACCGGUGUA